AUGUCCUCCGCUGCCGGGCUGUACCAGUCCUACGCUGCGCUCCUCGCAGGCGCACUCGGUCCGAUAUGGGCGGGCGCGCACGCCUCUCUCGUCAUGCCCAAGGCUGAGAAGCGCAAGUUGCGCACGCUCGAGGCCAAGGACGGCAAGGAGGCUGCGGACGUGGAGGAGGAAGACGAGGACGAGGAUGUCGAACGGCUGACCCGCGAAGACGCCUACUGGUUCCCCAUCCUCGGCUCCUGCGUCCUCCUCGGCCUCUUCCUCCUCUUCAAAUACGUCGACAAGGCGCUACUGAACAAGAUUCUCGGUUGGUACCUCGCGGCGAUGGCUGUCGCCGGUCUCGCGAGGUCGGGCGUCAAGCUGGCGAGGCGAGUGCUGGGCGAGAGGCGGAGCAGGCGGCUAGACAAGUGGCGCCUGAAACUCACGAAGAACUCGAAGGAGCACAGCACCUUCGCGUUCAACUCCCUCCACCUCUACUGCAUCCCUCUCGCGAUCGCCCUCUCCGCCAGCCAGAUGUGCACCGGCAACUGGAUCCUCUCGAACCUCGUCGCCCUCUCCUUCGCCUUCAACGCCAUCUCGCUCCUCUACCUCGACUCGUUCGCGACAGGCUCGAUCCUCCUCGCCGGACUGUUCGUCUACGACAUUUGGUGGGUUUUCGGAUCCAAGGCCGUGUUUGGGAAGGGCGCGAAUGUCAUGGUCGAUGUCGCGACGAGCUUUGAGGCGCCCAUCAAGAUUGUCUUCCCGAAGGACCUGGCUCGAGGGCGCGACUUUGCGCUCCUCGGACUCGGAGACAUCGUCUUGCCUGGCGUCUUCCUCGCUCUCGCACUCCGCUUCGACUACCACCUCGCCCUCAAGCGCGCCUCAAUCCCCUUCCGACCGUCCCGCUCCUUCCCGAAGCCCUACUUCCUGUCGUGCUUCAUCGCGUACAUCUUCGGUCUCGCCACGACCAUCCUGGUAAUGCAUACCUUCCGAGCAGCCCAACCCGCCCUCCUCUACCUCUCACCCGCAUGUAUCCUCUCGGUCUCGCUUUGUGCGCUGGUGAAGGGCGAGUGGGGGGAGGUUUGGGGGUAUUUGGAUGGGGACGAGGAUGAGAGGGAGAGGAGGGAGAGGGAGGAGAGGGAGAAGGAGAAGGUUGGGGAGAAGGAGGGGCGAGUGGAGGAUACGAAGGAGGCGCCCGCUGUGCCGGUCAACGGGGACGCUACGAAGGAGUAG